CGAAAUAUCACCCACCUCAUAUUCUGAUUUCGAGGUUCACAAUUCACCACAUGCUUCCACCUUGAUAUUCAUUUCAUUCCAACUAUCCUUCUCAGUGCGACCAGCUUGAAUAGACAAAAUUGGCUGAAUUGAUGUAUUGAUUACCUUGAAUUCCUUUACCUUCUCUAUCAUAUCCGAUCCACUCUCCCUCCCCCUCUAUCUCUCGACUCUGUGCUCGUACUCCUCCCGAGAAUUCCUACAUUUUCGAUGAGUUAAUGACUGCGCCUCAACCUUGAACCAUCAAAUCAAGCUCUCAAUCAUAUUUGCUUCUUCAUUCCUAAAUAUCGCAGACAUCCGCAAAGAUUUUGAACCUGUCGCAUCAGAUCAUUUCUUCAAAAUGUCUCUCAACCUUGAGAAACAGCUUACCUUUUACGGGGCCUACCAUCACAAUCCUACAAAUGGUGUCAUUCAUAUGAUAGGUGUGCCAUUGAUUCUGGCCACCAGUCUGUUCCUUUGCUCCAACAGUCCCACAUUAAUACCUCUGCCAUCAUGGCUUACGAUUCCGAAUUUACCUUUGAACUUUAGCACAAUUGGAUCAAUAUGCUACAGCGGGUUUUACAUCCUUCUCGAACCGGUCGCAGGCAGUAUUCUUCUCCCAUUCAUUAUUGGAUGGACCGCAUUCUCAAAUCACAUCCUUGCUACCUCUUCAAAUACUACUUUGGCAAAUCAAAUCGCUGGUGCUGUAUUCUUUGCCUCGUGGAUUAUGCAAUUUGUCGGCCAUGGUGCUUUCGAAAAGCGUGCCCCCGCAUUACUCGACAACCUCGUACAAGCUUUAGUCCUCGCUCCAUUCUUCGUAUUUAUGGAGUUGCUAUUUAUAUUUGGAUACAGACCAGAAUUGCAAAAGAGGAUCGAUGUUGCAGUUGAGAAAGAGAUCGCCAAAUUUAAAGCCGAGCAGUCGAACGGUACCAUUAAAAACGGCAAAGCCAAUUGAAAUCCCGCUAUGGGAUCGAGAUAUAUCACACAGACAAGCAACGUAGGGGGAAGCCCACGGAGGGUAAGGGAAGGAAAGGUGGACAUGAGCGCAAUGGAAGAGGCGGCAUUCUAUUCAGAAGGUCAACGGAGCUCGCCUUAGAUUGGUAGCAAACUUAAGAAUAGCUUUCGCAGGAAGUGAAGUCUUUUCGGAAGGAUAAGCCCAUUAGGUGGAGUUAUUUUUGAGGUACGAGGCGUUUCCCAAUUUCUUGGUUCAAUUGUAAAUUUGCAAGCGAGUUUUUGAUAUGCAGAGAAUACCAUGUUUAGUCCUUCGAAUACUACUCGUCCACUUUCAUCUGCAUGCCUAGGGAAAUCAACGUGUUUGGAUUUAUACUACAUACCUACUCGUA